CGUUCACUUAAAAGAGCCGGCUCUUUGAACCGGCUCGUUCUUAACCGACACAUCACUACUCGGCAGCCAUGGCAACAUAUGGCAGCCAGCAGCUGACUGCAGGAGACGUGAACACACUGUCAAGCUACUUCUUCAGGUGUUUGUUUGGGAGAUAUGGGAGGUGAAACUUGUUGUCAAGUAAGUUAUUAUUAUAUAUCUGUGGCACAGGUUCGACAGGCAACAGUCACACUCGGAAAAAAGUACUAACGUUAAUUAGCUCACAAUUUAGCAGGCUAACUAACUAAACUGCUAGUUUGUUUACUUCACAUGCAACAAGUAGAAUCUGUUUAUUCUCAUAUGAUAUGAACAACAUGAACGUUUGCUGGUACUCGCAUUAAACCACCGUGUUGCUCGGUUGCCAACUUAUUAACGGAACCAUGUCCGGGGAUCGAGCGGCUUUGCCCACCGGGACUAACGGCCUGCUCCGGGGGAGCCGCACCAGGUCUUACGGUAGUCUGGUCCGGAGUCCCGUUCUCCAGAGAGGCAUUGAACACAACAUCCAGCCUGGAGAGACUCUGCAGGGACUGGCUCUGAAGUAUGGAGUCUCUAUGGAGCAAAUCAAAAGAGCCAACAGGCUGUACACCAACGAGUCGAUAUUCCUGAAGAAGUCCUUGUCGAUCCCCGUGCUGUCAGACUUGGACCGCUGUAGUAACGGGGUGGAUUUGGCUGAAGAGGACGGUGAAGAAGACAGUGCUGGCUGUGCCUCUGCUCAAAAUGGGCACACGGGCAACUCCUCUGAGAGGAAACAAAAUGAUGGCAAAGAAAGAGCGUCAGACCUUUCUCCAGCGGAUUUUCUGAAAAGGUUGGAUGGCUUGAUAAGUCAGUCCAAGCAGGCUGCUGUCAAAGGAUGCCAGGAGGCAGAGAAAAGGGCCGCCGCCCUAGAAGCAGCUUGCAGCAGCAGGAAGUCAGACUGGCGGCUGCUUACAAGGUCGCAGAGUGUCAUUUUAUCUUCCAGAAUGCAACAGCAGCAGGCAUCACACGUGGCAGUGCCCCUAACUAUCACCAAACUCACCAAGAAACUGAGAGACAGGGAAGAUGAGAUCUUCCAGCUGUGACUCGUUGUUCCUGCCGUCUCGCUCUGAUCAUUAAAGGAACUUUUUCCAGAAAGUGUGUGGCGGGGUUCGGCCUGCAGGAUGAUAGAGCAUCACAGAUAAAGGAACAGAUCUGCUGCUGUAUGGACUUGAAGCUUGAAAGUCUUGUCAUAUUGCCAUUAGAUAUUAGACCUUCUAACGGGAAGUUACACUGUCUUUUAACAGGUUUUUAAAAUGAGUAUUGCACUAGUGUAGCCUUCUUAUUUAUUUGUUGAGACAUACUGUAGAUUAUGAAAAGCUACGGCCCAUUUGGCUUGUUUUCCCAUGCAGGAGACAAGAGCGUGAAAUGUGAAAAAUUAGAAUCCGCAGUCACAAGUUGGUUUAGUCAUAUGACUUGAUAUGGUCAACUCAACAAGUGGUCAGUUUGUAAUACUACCUCACAACCUGAUAGUGCAAAAUCGGCCAAGUUUUCUGAAAACUAUAAAAAAUAUGAAAUAUGUUAUCAGACUGGAAUAUGAAGAGCACAAAGUCUCUCUGAUACUACUGAAGAAUUUAAACUCUAAUGUAUCCAAAGUUUAAAAAAAGAGACACACGUCUUUUAGAAUAUUCUUUGACAGCAAUCUUUUUAUUAUUUAUGUGCAUAUUUUUUUUUUAAUUUCAUUAAGUUUUGUAUAGUUCAUUUUAGAAUAAAAAAAAAAUGUUGAUCCCAUGUCUAGAUUCAGAGUCUAUAUAUGUCCGUACUUACUCCAGAAACCGUUGACUCUCAUAAGCACUUGAUCUUUAAAAACAGCUUUCUGAAACUUCAACUGACUUUUCUCCACAUUGUUGCUCACACAAAGAAGAAAUAUUAUAGCAGUUAAACGCUAAAUGACAGUAUUUGACUAUUCUAUAAGGUGGAGUGUCCAGCACAGGGAUUUAUUUUCCCCUU